AUGCAUGAAAUCAAAAACUGUCAAAUCAUCUGCAUUAAUUUUUGUUGCAAAAAUAAACAUUUUCGUUUUUGCGAAAUUAAAACUUUAAAAUCCAAUCAACUGUAUUUAUUUAUGAAAAACAAAAUUAAAAACUAAUAAAUAAAAAUGUGCAAAACAACUAACAAAGGUUUCGAUGUUCAGUUUUGUGCCAAAAUAAAUGGCGCUCGUACGGAAUUCGUGUUGCAGCGAUUCGUCAACAAAUGGUUCUUAAUCAUAACCCAAUACGAGAAGAUGUGCAAUGUCUUCUCGGUCCAAUUCGACCUAAAGCAAGGAGACGCUUCUGUUCCUGUACCACCGCCAAACUAUGAUGAUCCAUCCGUCCCCAUAACAAUCACCAACACUUUCGGCACGGACACGGAUGAGGCGCGAAGCGCCAUUCAAUUCUUGGUAAACAAAUCAAACCUGGGCAAGUGUCCAACGGAACUCAUCAUCAGCAUCGGACUGAAGGAAAUCAACGGGAAGGUUCUACGUGAAAUAACUCAAGUCCUCAAUGAAGUCAUUACAAUUUCAAAAUAAAGAAUUUGUUAUAAUGAAACAAAAAAUACAA